AUGCGUGGUCUCAUGCCGCCCCGGUCUUUGCGUGCUCUAGCCAGCUUGAGUCCCAAGUCGGCUUUGAGCACAGCUUCCCAGGCGGCUUGCAUCCGUCACGUCCAUCAGUCCAUCCGCAUUCCGCCCAUCACCUCGUCGCAGGCUCGUCGUCGCCCUCUCUUGCGGCCUGGACAGCAAACCGCGACCUCUAUCACGGGCGCGACUCGAUCAAUCUACAUCCAGACACAGCCGACGCCCAAUGAUUCGGCACUGAAAUUCCUCCCUAACCACCCCGUCUUGCCCGAGGGCUUCCCAUCCACGUUUCUGGAAUACAACUCUCCUCGAUCGACAGUGGCUGCUCCUCACCCCUCGCCCCUCGCAGCAAGACUACUCGACAUUGACGGUGUUUCGUCGGUCUUCUACGGGCCAGACUUCAUUACGGUGACAAAGGCUGGGGACGUCAACUGGGCUCACGUCAAGCCCGAGGUCUUUGCGUUGAUCACGGAGGCAAUCACAUCGGGCGAGGCGCUUGUGAAUACCGUGGACAAAUCUACGUCCUCAGAAGAUGGUCAAGGUGGACUCGGCGAGGACUCGUUGGCUCCCAACGACGAGGAUGACGAGGUGGUUGCUAUGAUCAAAGAGCUACUGGAAACGCGGAUCCGGCCUGCGAUCCAAGAAGACGGCGGGGAUAUCGAGUACCGCGGGUUUGAGAAUGGGAUGGUGAAUCUAAAACUACGGGGAGCGUGCCGGACGUGCGACUCCAGCACGGUGACGUUGAAGAAUGGCAUCGAGUCAAUGCUGAUGCACUACAUUGAGGAGGUCAAGGGCGUUAACCAGGUGCUGGACGAAGAGGAAGAGAUUGCCAUGAAGGAGUUUGCCAGGUUUGAGGAGAAGCUCCGACAGCAAAAGGGCCCCGAUGCAGUUCCCUCGACCGUGGGCAAGGGCAGUCUCGAUUUCGUCGAAUGA